GAGCACAGAUAUUAAAGAAUUUUUUUUCCCGAAAUCAAAAAUUAAAUUCAUAAAUUUCAUGCAUACGUAUAUCAACAAGAUAACAUCUUUGGACCUGUAACUGUUUCAUUGCCCAUAGAUCUUCACCAGCAUAGGGCAGACAUGGAGGGCAACAUGGACGUACUACCCUUCAGCCUGUCAUGUGACCGCUGUGACUUCCGCACUAAGAGCAUGUCUGCCAUGAGAGACCAUGCUCAGACGCACUCGGCUGAACACCAAGACCAGCAUCCAAUAGAAGAGAUAGGUAUUAGCAACCAUGCUCCAAGUGAUGACCAUGCCCUUCAAGCACUAGUUGACUCCGCCCUAAACGAUGCCUCUCGACUCCUCCUCUCCUCACCCGACAACACCAACCACCACCAUCUUCAAGAUCCCGGCACCACUUCAAACCAGAGCCCUGUAGAAGAGGUCGGAAGGACAGAUGGUAAUGGUCAUCCCUCUGGAGUUGAACACCAGGACAGGAAAAAGGAGCGGAUGGUGACGCCAAGGGCUAGUGCUUUGGCUGCUGAGGACCUCCUCGGGAUAUACGCUGCUGGAAUUGACUUCAGCGUCGUCGGAGGAGGGGUCGUCCACGAUGGUCAGUUUCGAGCUGGAUGCGGUCAAGAAGUACAGACCAUGAUGUCCGCAGCGAUAGCAGAAAGCGCAGAUGGUGGUGUCAGGAGUGGGAUAGGCAUUCCCAGUCAUGAUGAAGCUACCUCUAGGUCUCAUCUGGGAGAUGAUGGCAGUGGAAGUAUGAAUAAUGGUGGAGAAACUGAACCUUAUUCUGUAGAUUCUUCUGGUAACUCCAGGGGAGUAGGUCAUGAUAGUAACACGAGAGUUGAUCCUAAUCAAAGGAAAGAAGACAGUGAGAUUAGUUGUGGCAUUCAUCCAAUCACAUCAGAACAAGCUAGGACAGAUUCACCUCAAUCUAGAAGUUCUGGAAGUGCAAGCUGUUCACAGAAUUUGGGACGGACACAAAUGUUGAGGGGUAAGAAAGCCACCAGACCAAGUUUUAAGUUUGUCAUCCAUCGUUCAGCGUUCAGUAAAACUCCCUCAGCAGAUGACGAGACACCAUCAUCUUCAUCAAAACAUAGACCCUCUCACAGUCACAGUAAGGUUGUUGCUAGACAAGCCAAAGAUCAUAACUCCUCAGCAUCUGACAAUGCCUCGGCAACUAUGGACAAGGGUAGCGGAGGAACAACAGCAUCAAGAACUCGUGGACAGAGAUCAAAGCCUGUGCUUGAGGAUGGAGGAACGGCUGCUCGGGAUGCAAGCUCCGGGAGGCGUAGAGGACGAAAGCUGGUCUGUCCGACUAAACUGAUCGUCGAACAGGGGAGGACGCUCCCACCCUCUAAACGUCAUGGACAAAAAGGUUUUAGACCUGGUGCGAGGCCUGGGAAGGGUGAUGGGAAGCAGAUGAGGUACAGAUGCCCAGAGUGUCGCUUCUCAUGUAUGCUCAAGAAAGACUUGACAGCUCACACCAAACUGGCCCACACCAAGAGCGGGAGGAAGGAUGCAAGGGUUGGGAAAGUGCACUUUGAAAUAAACAAAUCCAAAGCCUCCCAGAGUAAACAGGGCUCCAAAAGAACUUCAAGAGGAAAUGUUUUGGAUUCCUGUGAUCCAGAACAAGAGGAUAGCCCACCCAAACCAAGGAAACUCUUGAAAAAAGUAAAUGACAAUAGGAAAAGUACUUCUAGAUGUAAUAAAAGACCCACCAGGGAUAAAAAGCCUGCAGAGGAUGAAUCUGAAGAACUACAAGAAAAUGAUGAUGAAGAGAAUGUUGAUGAUGAUUGGGAACCUGAUGCAGGAGAUGUGAGCUCUAGUGAAGGGGAAGUGAUUGAUAGCGGAAGAGAGGAGGAUAGUGAUGAUGAUGAUGUGUGCAGUAUCUGUCACAAGUUUACUGCAGACUGUCCCGCAGACAUGGAGCGCCACCGAGCAGAGGAGCAUAGGGAUAGCUUGCAGAGCUCAAAGCAAUUCCAAUGUAACUAUUGCAGCUACUCUUGCCAGGGUCGGAAGACUCUUGCCGCCCACAUCCAUGGCUUGCAUGGUGACACGGUACAACUCCUCACACAGAAAGCCACAGAGCCCAAAGCCAAAUCAGUGAAGAAGGAAGUGGACACCAGCCGUGUCUAUCGCUGUAGCAUCUGUAACUUCAGCUGCCAUUCGAGCCAUCUCCUGAACAGCCACAUGAAGAGCACCCACCACUUUGAAAAGAUGUCUGGUGAGUUCACCUGUGGCGUGUGUGGGAAGGUCGUCGUUGGACGCUACUCUCACUUCCGCCGCCACCUCCGAUGCCAUUCGGAGGAGCGUCCCUAUAAGUGCGAUCAGUGUCCUCUGGCCUUCCGUGACGCAAACAGCCUGAACUGCCACUUGCCCAUCCACAAGGAAGACCGUGACUACCUCUGCGAAGACUGCGGUAUGGCCUUCAAGCGUCCGAUCAACUUGCGGAUGCACCGCAAGGUCCACAGCGACAAGAUGUUCCCCUGCGAUUCCUGCGACUACAAGUGCCGCCGUCGCAACACUCUCCUGAACCACAAGAAGCGGAAGCACCUGAAGCAGAAGACUGUCCUCUGUCAGCACUGCGGCCAUUGCUUCUUCUCCAAGACGGAGUGUAAGAACCAUGUGAUGAAGAAGCACACCCAGCGGCCGACUCCUUUCGCUUGUCCGAUCUGUCCUGCAGUGUUCAUGUUCCAGUACCGCUUCAAGGCACACUUGAAGACACACCCUGAGAUCAAACCUUACAGGUGUCACGUCUGUGGCUUUGAGACCAGACUAAACACCUACCUCAUGGAUCAUAUGAGACAACAUACAGGAGAAAAACCAAAGAAAUGCAAUCUGUGCGACUAUGAGACUUCCACCAACAGCAACCUCUACAAACAUAGAAAGCGCCACCAUGGUCCAGGGAUCCCACGGCUCAGCUCCAGGACCCGCAGGCCCCGCCCAAACAGGGCCCAGAACAAGGCGGAGGAGAACCCCAUGGGGAUGAGCGACGAGCAGAAGCAGCGAGCGGAGAAGAGCGUGGUGGAGGACAUCGUGAAUGCAGUGGAGUUUGGCCAGAUGGCAUCCCAGGUGAACCUUGCAGCAGGGGGCCAGGCGGCAGCGGCCAUGUUCAAUAUGGCAGCCAUGUGCAGUACUCAAGAAUUUAAGCAGGAGCAACUGAUGCAAGUUCCUCCUUCUGAUGUGCACCAAGGUCAUCCAAUCCUACCCGAGGAGGUCAACAUCAUCAGCUCCGUCUCGGACACUGGCCACGAUGCAGAACGCCUCUCCAUUUCCAUUCUCGAUAAGACAACAUCCUCCGUGGCAGCCAUGAUGGAAGCCCUGGCCGACGCCCGUAACAUGCGCCCCCCUCAGGCCCACCAGCCCAACCACCAAGCCCUCAUCUCGCACCCCAGCCCGUACUCCAUCCACCUGGCCACGGCGCCCACGCCCCAACCAAGCACCCCUCCCACCACCAGCUCCGCCCCACUCUUCCAGCGAUCCGUCGCAGCAAUGGCAGCCAACAUGACCAUGCAUUAUGUGCAUCCGAACAUCGGUGCAAUCGGGGGAGGGGGGAGUUACCACCACCUGUCCGCCUUGGCAGGGGAGGCGGCCAGUCGAUCGCCCAUUACGUCUCACGGUCAGCCGACGCCCCAUAAUGUCACCAUCCCACCUCCUCUGAUCGGUGUCGGGCAGGGUCAAGCCACGCCUCAACCCCUCACCCACUUCCCAAACAUGAUGCACUAUUAACCUAUUCCCUGCAGGAACCAUGUGGCUCCCGUACUAAAGCAUAUGACUAUGAGACAAUGCGGUGUUCCACGAGUUAAAGAACCUGAUAAUAACAAAUCGGUUGCAUAAUUUACCCAGAGUAGCUUCAUCAGUAUUAACACAGCAUUGCUCUAUCUGAGGGUCUUGUAAUUAUUAUUAAACCAACAAUUGCUUGGUACCCAUUCAAUACACCAGGGCCCCAUUUCACAAAACUUGUCAUCAGUUACAAAUGACAGUUUCUGUUAUAAGCUACUGAAAUCCUUGCCUCUGAUUGGUUAUCAGCAGAUUUGUCACUGAUUUUUGGCAUUUGUCAUUGAAAAAGGGGUUUGUGAAACAGGUACCAGGGGCUCACAACACAAAUAUUAGCAAUUGAUCAUACAACUAAUAGAUUGAUCAUUUAUUGUACGUUGUUAAUUGCAAAAUAGCAAACUUUUUUUUCUUUUUCUUUCGAUGGAAGAAUUAAUUUGAUCAACAAAAAAAACUUGAUUACUGGUAUAUCAAACAAAUAUGACAUAGUGGUAAAAGCUAACAUAGUUACACCUUGCAAUAAUUGUACAUGCAUCAAUAACCAAGCAAAAAGGAUUUUUAUUUCAAAUGCACCUCAUUGUUCGGAGGAGAGCUUUGGAAGUCUUGAAUAAUGUUGCGUAAAAAAGGCAGUCCCAAAACAAGUGUGAAAUACUUCCAAUAGAGGAUUAGAAAAAUGUAAAUGAAUUAGAAUCAGCCAAGCCCAUACUAUUAGGAGAUUUGUUGACCCCAAGUAUUCAGUGACAAAUUCUGAAUUAAGAAAAUAACAAUAUUUUCAAUUGCUAACGUAUGUUUGUGUUAUGUGGCCCUGGAUCGAGAAGGAGAAAUGUUGGUAAAUACCUUGCCUGAGGACCUAAGCACCAAGCAGCGAUCGAACCCAGGACCUGCCACAUGAGAAUAAAGACGCGAUGGCUCAGUGGUAGAGCAGUGGUCUCCUAACAGAGAGGUCCAUGGUUUGAAACCAAGUUGAUGCACUAGUGCCCUUUGGUAAGGCAUUAAUCCUCAUUACAAAGUCCCUUAGAUGGGACUAAAAGCUGUUGGUCCCCUGGGUGCCCACCGUACAUAAAAGCAUACACAUGCUUUCUUAGCAGCCAGCUAAAACAAACAAGACCCUCUAGGGCCUCCACCGAUAUCCCCCCCCAUAAGUAAUGCAUUACUUUCUUGCCACAGUGAUACCAAAGUAUUCAAUAAUUUCAGAAAAGUAUUCUAUGUAUUAAGGUGCUACUUUGAUUAAUGUUUAGGAGAGAAAGCAAACAGAUUAAGUGGAGUCUUCAUUCUCUGAUUCUAUUCUUUUGUUUUUGAAUUGAAUAUAUACAACACAAAGAAAUAUCUGCUAGCUAGAGAAAAAAAGAGAAGAAAUCAUGUGGUAUGAUUAUCAUUUUACUGCAAGGCAUUCUCCUCUAAAGAACAAGUUUGUUCUCUUUAUAGAUGUUAUAUUUAAAUAGAUUUAGAAAAAUAACCAAAGUUACAAAUGUAUACAAAAUAAGAAAUGCUUAUGAAUUCUUGCCAACUAUAUAAUUUGUUUGGAGUUGUAUGUAUGUGAAGAAAGAAAAAAAAAGUUAAACUUGCUAUAAAAAAGCCUAUCAUUGUGUUACUACAGACCUAAAAAGGUGUAAUGCCUAAAAGCUCUGUACGUAUAUGGUGCCUUUUUGCCUCAACGAGAACUGUUGAAUUUGUAAUCGACGUGCCAGAAAUUUUCUAUCUGACAUCUUAGAAAUAUUGUUAGUUUUAUUA